UGCAGCUUCAGAUGUCAUUGACUUCAGAGAGAAUGUAUUGCUGCAUACGAGGACGCUUCACGCUAUAAUAAAAUGCUUGUUUAGCCGCUCGGACCGUUAUUAGCCAAGAGGCUCCGGUCGAGCUAGCAGCCUCUGUUAAUUCAUAAGUCAUUCAUAUUUUACAUAACCCAGUGCGUAUUUAUAAUGGUGAUCGAAAAGAUUUGCUGUCUGGGUGCUGGCUACGUCGGAGGACCUACGUGCAGUGUUAUUGCUCUCAAAUGCCCUAAUAUUAAAGUGACCGUGUGUGACAAGAGCUUGGAGAGGAUAAAUCAAUGGAACUCCGAUAAAUUACCUAUUUAUGAGCCCGGUUUGGACGAAGUUGUUAAGCAAUGUCGCGGACGAAACUUGUUCUUCUCGACGGACAUAGAAUCGAGCAUUUUGGAGGCUGAUUUAAUAUUCAUCUCAGUGAACACACCGACUAAAACGAUCGGAAACGGCAAAGGUAGGGCUGCGGAUCUGAAGUAUAUAGAAGGUGCAGCCCGCAUGAUAGCCGAUAUAGCGACCAGUAAUAAAAUAGUAGUAGAAAAGAGCACGGUGCCAGUGAAAGCGGCAGAAAUCAUCAUGAAGAUUCUUCGCGCUAACACGAAACCCGGCGUCGAAUAUCAAAUAUUAUCCAACCCGGAGUUCUUAGCUGAAGGUACAGCGAUCGUGGACUUGGUUGAAGCUGAAAGGGUCCUAAUAGGAGGAGAAGACACUCCUGAAGGCCAGAAAGCAGUGCAGCAAUUGUGUUGGGUCUACGAGCAUUGGAUUCCUGCCAAAAACAUACUCACAACUAAUACUUGGAGUUCAGAGUUGUCGAAGCUGGCUGCAAAUGCAUUUCUGGCUCAAAGGAUAUCCAGUAUUAACUCACUGUCUGCCGUCUGUGAGGCUACAGGAGCUGAUGUCUCUGAGGUAGCCAGAGCAGUCGGUAGAGAUUCAAGAAUCGGUCCAAAAUUCCUCGAAGCCUCAAUAGGCUUUGGAGGUAGUUGCUUCCAAAAGGAUAUCCUCAAUUUAAUUUAUCUAUCCGAGUGCUUAAAUCUGCCGGAGGUGGCCGCCUACUGGCAGCAAGUUGUUAGCUUGAACGAUUACCAGAAAACAAGGUUCACCCGCAAAGUGAUUGAAUCAUUAUUCAACACUGUUGCCGACAAGAAAAUUGCUAUACUUGGCUUUUCAUUCAAAAAGAACACCGGAGACACCAGAGAGUCCCCAGCUAUAUAUGUUUGUAAGACGUUAUUGGAUGAGGGGGCAAAACUGCACAUUUAUGACCCUAAAGUGGAACACGAACAAAUCUUCUAUGAGCUAUCUCAUCCGCUGGUCACAAAUGAGCCGGAGAUUGUUCGGAAGAACAUCCAAAUACACGAAACCGCUUACUCAGCUGUCGCUGGAGCUCAUGCCCUCGUGCUCUGCACCGAGUGGGAUGAAUUCAAAACCUUAGAUUAUAAGAAAAUAUAUGAAGUAAUGAUGAAGCCGGCCUAUGUGUUUGAUGGAAGAAAGAUCCUCGAUCACGAGGCCUUAUUGAACAUGGGAUUCCAUGUUCAGACGAUCGGCAAGAGGCUGUCCAGGACCAGCAGCAUCCGGGCUCAAGGCAGUCAGACCAUGCCGUAAUGUCAUGUAAACAACCAGCGACAGCUAUACGGCGGCCAACAAGAAGAAGUGUAUUUAAAUAUAAAGUAAGAUAAUAAUAAUCAAGUUCGGUGAUCGUAACAACAUAUAUAUUUUUUUUACUUUCGCAUCGACUGCGAGCGACAAAAAUGACGAUUACCUUCAAUAUGUUAUUAAAAUUUUCCUUUCAGUCUUUAUUUUUUUUUAUAAAUGAUGUAGUUUUUAUUUUAUUUUAAACGCUUGACCGGUUUUUAUAGGAAACGAAUCGAAUUAUUUGAGAUUAUUUUUAUUUUAAAUGUAAAAAAAAUAUGUGAGCAAUAACACUCGGAGCGCUUACCCCGAGUUUGUAGUCACACUGCACACUACGCGUUUGUCGUGUCGUCAGUGUUGCCACUAACAAGAGCUCGCCUUAUAAAGGCUGGUCGAACAUUUCUGUCACAAACUUAACUGUCACGUGUUAUGUGUUUCGUAUCUUAAAUGUGAUCAUUUUCUAUAUUUUUUUUAUUAUCUAAUAAGAAUUAUUUACUUGAAGUAUUAUUUUUUAUUUGCAUUUACUGUAUCUGACGGAAUAAAUGACGUUUGUAAAUGA